AUGCUUAGAUUGAAACCAUUAACUAAGUUACCAUCUUUCAAAAUGCCUGUUAAAUUAUAUUCAACCGCUAUAAAAGGUGAAACUUUUAAACAUCAAGAUUCAUUACCUCCAUUACCUGUUCCAUCAAUUGAAAAAACUAAAGCUCGUUAUCUUCAAUCAAUUAAACCUUUUGUUCAAUCAAAUGAAGAAUAUAAUAAACAAGUCGCUCUUGUUGAAGAUUUCUUCCAAAAUCAAGGUGGGAAAUUACAUGAACGUUUAAUUGAAUAUUCCCAGGGGAAAUCAAAUUGGUUAUCAACUUUUUGGGAUGAUUAUGCUUAUUUACAAUAUAAUGAUCCAAUUGUUCCUUAUGUAUCAUAUUUUUAUGGUCAUAGAGAUUUACCAGUCCAUUUAAAAGAUAUUGGUUCAAAUCAAAUUUAUAAAGCUAUUGCUAUAAUUGAUAAAACUUUAGAUUUUGUUGAAUUAAUUAAAAAUCAAACUUUACCACCUGAAGUUAUUAAAGGUACUCCAUAUUGUAUGAAUUCUUUUAAAGUUAUGUUUAAUAAUUCAAGAAUCCCAUUAAAACCAGGUCAAGAUUCAAAUGUUUUUUAUGAUUUAUUCGAGAAUGGUUUUAUAACUAUUGUUAAAAAUGGUCAUUUUUUCAAUUUAUAUACUCAUGAUACCCAAACAAAUAAAAGAUAUCCAUUAAGUGAAAUUCAUAAACAAUUAAUUAAAAUUAUUGAAAUUUCAAAUAAUUUAAAUACACCAAAAGAAAAUCAUCAAAUUGGUAUCUUAACAACAUUACCAAGAGAUCAAUGGUAUGAAGCUUAUACUGAAUUAAGAAAAUCUCCAAUAAACAUUUCAUCAUUAGAUGAUAUUCAUAAAUCUUCAUUCUUAGUUUCUUUAGAUGAUGAUCAACCAAUCACUUAUGAAGAUCGUGCUCAUUAUUCAUGGCAUGGAAAUGGAUAUAAUCGUUAUUUUGAUAAACCAAUUCAAUUCUUCAUUGCUAAAAAUGGUUAUACUGGAUUUAUUGCUGAACAUUCCAAAAUGGAUGGGACACCAACUUUAUUAUUAAAUGAAUUUGUUAAUAGAGAAAUUUGGGAAUUGCAACCUAAAGAAUUUUUAUCAAAAUUAGAAACAACAAAUUUAGGUGAUUUAGAAAUUAAACCAAAACAUUUAAAUUUUGAAAUUUCUCCAUUAGUUCAAAACCAUAUUAAAAAUGGGUUUAUUAAUUUACAAUCAGAAAUUGAUAAUCAUGAUGUUAAAGUCUUACACUAUAAUAAAUUUGCCAAAAAUGAAAUUAAAAAUUUUAAAACUUCACCAGAUGCUUUCAUUCAAGUUGUUUUACAAUUAGGUAUUUAUAAAGCCUUGGGAAAAUUAUUACCAACUUAUGAAGCUGCUUCAACUCGUCGUUUUUCCUUAGGUAGAACCGAGGCAACAAGAUCAGUUUCUGAAGAAGUUAAAACCUUAGUUGAAAAUUGGUCAAACCCAACAGUUUCAAAUAAACAACGUUCUCAAGAUUUCCAGAAUGCAAUUAAAUCUCAUUUAGAUUAUAUUAAAGCAGCUUCAGCAGGUGAAGGUAUUGAUCGUCAUUUCCUUGGUAUGAAAUUAUUAUUAAAUCCAGAUGAGAAACCACAUGAAUUAUAUUCAGAUCCAUUAUUCAAUUACUCUGGAACAUGGUUAGUUUCAACAUCACAAUUAUCUUCAAAUUAUCAUGAUGCUUAUGGUUGGAGUGAAGUUAAUCCAAUUGGUUGGGGGUUUGCUUAUCAAAUUAAUAAUGAUUUCUUACAUGUUAAUAUAUGUACAAGAAGAUCAAGUGGUAAUAAAUCUGAAGUUAUGAAAUAUUAUAUUGAAGAAGCUUUUAAUGAAGUUUAUGAUGUGCUAAGUAAAGAACAAUCAAAGGCAAAAUUGUGA